CUUCAAUUCUCUUCAUCAACAACUAGCAUAAUUCACCAUAACAAUGGCCGAAGAAAAUCAACAAGAAAACCCCACCACCGAAGGGACUCACCAACUCCAAAUUCCGAUAAGCCGAGUGAAGAAAAUCAUGAAACUCGACAAAGACAUCAACAAAGUAAACUCAGAAGCCUUACAUCUCAUCGCUAGCUCUACCGAGCUUUUCAUCGAACACUUAGCUGAGAAAUCUGCACAAGUCGCGUUAGAGAAGAAGAGAAAGACUGUAAAACUCGAACAUUUAAGAGUUGCUGUGAAAAGACAUCAACCUACGAGUGAUUUCCUUCUCGAUUCGCUUCCCUUGCCUUCUUCACAGCCGUCUGAUCCAUUUCCGAAGGUUCAGAAUCGUACUCGAUCAUCGACGGAUAAGACAGUUCCUACUGGAACACGACGAAUCGAGGCAUUCUUUCAGAAGUGCACGUAACAGCUUGUUACCUAUUGUAUUGGAUUGUAUUGUGUUGUUAGUUUAAAUACAAUGUUUGUUUUGAUUGUUACUUAAAUUUUAUUUACUUACUCACGAAAAGUUCCAUUUUAUGUAACACUGAUUACCUUAUUUAUUUUUUCAUAUUUUGUGCUUACU